UUAAGAGAGGAUGGGAUGGACUUUUACGAUGGGUAUGAAACGCCUAAACUGUCUCCUUCCUCCCUAGCAAACCUUCCAAAUUUGCUUUUCCCGAAACUAAAUUAAAUUUCUAACAACUAAUUUUAACAUUCUAUUUUAAAAAAUAACACCACCGUUCUCUCCCUUUCAUUCAUUUUUUUUGUAUGGGAAAGGAAUGGGCUUUAAAUGCCUUUUCAACCGCAAAUCCAAGAAAUCGGAUUCUUCUAUCGAUUCGCCAUCUGGGAUGGCUGCUUCAAUAAACGGAUCCAAAUCACCCUCUGUGAGGCUAAGACUCCAAGUUGAAGAGCUCGAGCAAGUUUUCAAGAAAUUCGACGUCAAUGGAGACGGCAAGAUCUCAUCUGCUGAACUGGAUUCAUUCUGGAAAAAAUUGGGUCAUGAAGCAAGCGAAGAGGAGCUGCAAAGGAUGAUAACAGAAUUCGAUGCCGAUGGUGAUGGAUUCAUUGAUUUGCAAGAAUUUGUGGCGCUAAACACACAGGGGGUGGAUACAAAUGAGGUAAUGGAGAAUCUGAAGGAUGCCUUUUCUGUUUAUGAUAUUGAUGGAAAUGGGUCGAUCUCUGCUGAAGAAUUGCAUAAAGUGAUGGCCAGUUUGGGGGAGCCUUGUUCAAUGGCCGAGUGCAGGAAGAUGAUUAGUGGGGUUGAUAGAGAUGGUGAUGGGAUGAUUGAUUUCGAGGAGUUUAAGGUGAUGAUGAUGAUGGGUGCUAGGUGGGAUUCCAUGGAUACUCUAAGAGGAACUAGGGGUUAGAGAAUUUAUGGCGGCGGUGGUGAUUUAUGGAUUCUGUUUACUUCUCGAAACAAAAUCUGCAGGUUAUUUUUAUUUUUAAUUUCUUUUUAUUUUAUUUUUAUUGUGUUUUAAUUAUAAAUUGGGAAUUCUAUUGCUGGAUAA